CACUGAAGCUGCUCCUUUGCAUCUCUCUGCGCAUGAUACUGCUCUUCACGGUUUGAGAGAGUUUCCACGGCACGUUGUUUUGUAAACAAAAGAUGGAAGUGGUGACCAAGAGAACAGGUGUCCAGCAGCUGCUGGUGAUGAAAGAAGAAGAAGAAGAUGCUACUGAGCAGCAGGAGUGCAGCUCCAGUCUGGAUCAGGAGGGACAAGAACCUCCUCUCAUUAAAGAAGAACCAGAAGAAGAAGAUCUAGACCAAAUCAAAGAAGAGGCCACCCAGUUCUCCCUCACUCCUGUCCAGGUGAAGAGUGAAGAUGAUGGAGCAACCAGUAGCUGGACUCAACACAUGAAGACAGAAGCCGAUGGAGACACCUGUGGAGGAGCAGAACCAGCGAGCGACGUGGAUUCACCUCUCCUCCCAGACCAUGGGGGGUCACGUUCCUCGGGAGGUGAGGAAGACGACAGUGAAGACUGGGGAGAAACCAGCAACUCUUGUUCAGGUUUGAACUCUGUGGGGAAUCCGGAGGUUCAUGUCAAUGAGAAGAAAGAUUGUACUGAUGGCAACUCACUGAUCUGCCCUAGAUGUGGGAGGAAGUGUUUUUCAAGUUCUGGAAUGACAAAGCACGUUAGGGUCUGUCAGGGACCUUUGACUUGUUCGUUUUGUGGGAAAUGCUUUGAAGAAAAAGACAUGUUAAAAUGUCACAUGCGAAUUCACACUGGAGAAAAACCUUUCAUCUGCCCUCAAUGUGGGAGUUGUUUUACACAGAGAGGGAACCUGAAGACGCACAUGAGAGUUCACAGCGGGGAAAAACCUUUCAACUGCUCUGAGUGUGGUAAUUGUUUUGCAUUGAGAGCACACCUAAAGAAACAUAUGAGAGUGCACACAGGAGAAAAACCUUUCAGUUGUUCUCAGUGUGGUAAUUGUUUUACAGAGAGCGGGAGCCUGCGAAAACACAUACGAAUUCAUACAGGGGAAAAGCCUUUUGUCUGCUCUCAGUGCGGUAAUUGUUUUGCACAGCAUGAUCACCUGAAGAAGCAUAUGAGAUUGCAUACAGGAGAAAAACCUUUCAAUUGCACUCAGUGUGGUAAUUGUUUUACAGAGGGCGGGAGCCUGCGGAAACACAUGAAAAUUCAUACAGGGGAAAAACCAUUUAUCUGCUCUCAGUGUGGCAAGAGUUUUUCACAGACAGAGCGCCUGAAAGAGCACAUGAGAGUUCACACUGGAGAGAAACCGUACAUCUGUUCCCAAUGUAGUAAAUCUUUCAAUCGUCAUCAAAACCUGAAGGAUCACAUGAAGGUUCACACUGGAGAAAAACCAUUCACUUGCUCCCAGUGUGGAAACUCUUUUAAGCGACUUCGUAGCCUGAAGGAUCACAUGAAAGUUCACUUGCUCUCCGUGUGACAGUUACAGUACUUUACUUGCAGUGACACCCAGGUGAAAUAUAUUUGAUCCCAGUGUGGAGGCCUCCUAUGAGUUGACCCUGUUUCAUGUGAUCUCAUUGUGUUGGUACUCUGAGAAGCAGCCUGUAGGAACGCAUGAGAAUCAUUUUUGGAUGCCACUCCGUUUGCCUACGGUGUCGCUGUGGCAUUGCAUUAAAAUAUGUGAAUAACCAGGAAAGCACUUGUAGUGUUUCCACUGCUGGGUCAGCGUGGAUUUGCUUCAUGAACAAAAUGAGCUUGAAGAUGAACUUCUGAAAACACUGUGUUUAUGCAGAGAAAGUUGGGUUUAAAUCAACCUAGACUCUGGAAUUAUUUUCUGUUUUUUUCAACUUUUUUUUAUAAACUGUAUAAUGUAAUAUAAGUUCUGCUU